AUGAAUCGUCACCCGCCGUCCAAUUACGGGGAUGAGCCCCCAGCCUACUUGGACCACGAGGCGGCCUCAUAUCUGUCCGACCAGGAGUCUCCAAGUGCGGCGUCGCGACACAAUGGCGCAACCAUGCGCUUGUUGCCGACCAGCGGCGACUUUGACACAGACUUGAGUGGCAGUCCUCGUGCUCCAUCUCCGUCCAACUAUUCCCGAGACUACUCAGAUAUCACUCCGACCAACCAAGCACCAUACGACCCCCGGUUUUAUCAAGUCCCUAGUGCCGUUUCCCCGUCGCGUCCGGCUUCGAGUCUCGGAGGCGCGCCUUCCAUCCCAAUCCCCACAGCUAGUUUAGCUGAUACCUCAGCUUAUCCUUCGAUCCCACCACGCACGGGAUCUCCCACUCGCCCAUGGAGCCCUGGUCAUGUUCGACCUCCGUCGGUAUCGAGCGUUGGAUAUGAACGCGCCGAUAUCAAUGGCAGCCCUCGCCCCGGCACGCCCAGCUCCCGAUAUGGUGGCAGCCCUAGGCGGCCCUUGCCACCGGCUCCGCUGUUCUCUGCACCGACAGCCUCAGUUGGAGAGGAUACCAGCAUCGAUAUUGGAGAUGGGCACGGCGUCGAGGAUCCUUUUGGCGGAGGUGGCCGGACGAUUCACCAUACUUCUCGAAACAGCGUGCGAUCAUUUAUGAGCGAGUCAACGGUGAUGGGUGACGAGAAGGACCAAAUGUCUAAGGUGGACUUGGAGGAUGGAGAAGAAGAAGAAGACGAUGGCAUGAUCGAUCCUAACCUCCACUAUGGACCGGCUCCUGAAAAGCAAGGCCGUCGCGGCGUCCGCCCCACUCAAAUGGCCAAGAAAGAAGUUCAGCUGAUUAACGGUGAACUGAUCCUUGAGUGUAAAAUUCCUACUAUCCUGCACAGUUUCCUACCACGUCGUGAUGACCGCGAAUUCACUCAUAUGCGGUACACGGCUGUCACAUCUGAUCCGGAUGACUUUACGAACAGGGGCUACAAGCUCCGCCAGCAGAUUGGCAGCACCACUCGUGAAACCGAACUCUUCAUUUGCAUUACCAUGUACAAUGAAGACGAGAUCGGUUUCACUCGUACCAUGCACGGUGUCAUGCGGAACAUCAGCCACUUCUGUUCUCGCACCAAGUCCCGCACCUGGGGCAAAGACGGCUGGAAGAAGAUUGUGGUCUGCAUUAUCGCCGACGGCCGCAAGAAAGUACACCCCCGGACUCUGAAUGCGCUGGCCGCUCUCGGUGUCUACCAGGAGGGCAUUGCGAAGAACAUUGUCAACCAGAAGGAAGUCACCGCUCACGUGUAUGAGUACACAACCCAAGUCUCGCUCGAUGAUGAUCUCAAGUUUAAGGGCGCUGAGAAAGGCAUCGUCCCCUGCCAAGUCAUUUUCUGUCUUAAGGAACACAACCAGAAGAAGCUGAACUCGCACCGUUGGUUCUUCAAUGCUUUCGGUCGUGCGCUACAGCCGAAUAUCUGUAUUCUGCUGGACGUUGGUACCAAGCCAGACCCCACUGCUCUGUACCACCUUUGGAAGGCCUUCGACCAGGAUUCCAAUGUUGCGGGGGCUGCGGGUGAAAUUAAGGCCGGUAAGGGUAAGGGCAUGCUUGGUCUGUUCAACCCGCUUGUCGCGAGUCAGAAUUUCGAAUACAAGAUGUCCAACAUUCUGGACAAACCCCUUGAAUCGGUAUUCGGCUAUAUUACUGUGCUGCCUGGUGCGCUCAGUGCAUAUCGUUUCUUUGCUUUGCAGAAUGAUGCGGAUGGCCAUGGCCCGCUCAACCAGUACUUUAAGGGUGAGACACUCCACGGUCAAGAUGCGGACGUGUUCACAGCCAACAUGUACCUCGCCGAGGAUCGUAUUCUCUGCUGGGAGUUGGUUGCCAAGCGUGAAGAGAGGUGGGUUUUGAAGUUUGUCAAGAGUGCUGUUGGCGAGACGGAUGUGCCUGAUACGGUGCCUGAGUUCAUCUCCCAGCGUCGUCGUUGGCUGAACGGUGCUUUCUUCGCUGCUGUGUACUCGAUUUUCAAUGCGAAGCAGAUCUGGAAGACCGACCAUACCUUGACUCGGAAAAUCUUGCUGCACAUUGAAUUCGUUUAUCAGUUCCUUAACCUCUUGUUCACCUACUUUGGUCUGGCUAAUUUCUAUCUCGCUUUCUAUUUCAUCGCUGGCUCUCUCACUGAUGAGACCCUUGAUCCUUUCGGCCAUAAUAUGGGCAAGUAUAUCUUCAUCGUUCUGCGAUAUGCUUGUGUAUUGGUUAUGGCAUUGCAAUUCAUCGUCUCUCUUGGUAAUCGACCUCAAGGUGCCAAAAAUCUCUACCUCGCUGGUAUAAUCGUGUACGCUAUCAUCAUGUUUUACACGGUGUUCUGUGCCUUGUAUCUCGUGGUCGAGGAAGUAAUGUCCUUCGCUGGCGUUGGAGACUCUUCGCUGGAUAUCAGCAGCUCUUUGAUGGCCAACAUCGCCAUUUCUAUGUUGUCCACUGUCGGCCUCUACUUCUUCACUUCGUUCCUGUACCUCGACCCGUGGCAUAUGUUCACUUCGUCCGCCCAGUACUUCCUUCUCAUGCCGAGUUAUAUCUGUAUAUUGCAGGUCUACGCCUUCUGCAAUACCCACGACGUGACUUGGGGUACGAAGGGUGACAACGUGAUUAAUACCGAUCUGGGUACCGCGAAAAUUAUCAACGGCACCACCGUUGUGGUGGAGAUGCCUUCUGAGCAACUCGACAUUGACAGUGGCUACGAUGCCGCGCUACGCAACCUCCGCGAUCGCCUCGAGGUUCCCACUCCGCCCCUCUCCGAAGCUCAAAUGCAGGAAGAUUACUACCGCGCAGUGCGCACGUACAUGGUCUCCAUCUGGCUCGUUGCCAACGUUAUUCUUGCUAUGGCAGUUUCCGAGGUAUAUGGCGUUGACUCCGGCGGUACGAAUAUCUAUCUGUCUAUCAUUCUAUGGUCUGUCGCUGUUCUCGCCGCCAUUCGCGCCAUCGGCUCUACUACCUAUGCUAUUCUCAACCUGGUCCACAAGAUCGUUGAAGGAAAGACUAAGUUCGAUGCCGGCAAUAUCUCCAACUUUGCUCCCAGCUCUUUCGGUGGAAGUAGCUUUGGCGGAGGCAGCUCAGAAGCACCCUCUAAGCCUAUUCGGUAUAGUGGCGGUCCGAGUUUCAAGGAUCGCAUUGCUGAAGCCCGGUGGUCUGUUGGUCGUGUGUUCGGCAAGGCUAUGUUCUGGCGAAAGUAG